AUGACCAAGCACUUGGAGGUCAUCAAUUUGUCAUUUCUGUUGGAACAUGAAAGGGAAACAAUAUUGGGAGUAUUGAAGAGAGAUGAGUAUCUGAAAAAAGUUGAAGAUAAAAGGAUAAGGAAAUUGAAAAAUGAGCUGCUGGAAGUGAGACGGAAAGGUGGAAACCGUCACUGUCAGCAAGAUAGCAGCAGGAUCUGCGUUCGCUGUCAGAAAAACCUGGGCCUAAUCUUUGACAGGGGAGACCUGUGCCAAACCUGCAAACUCAGAGUUUGCAACAAGUGUCGUGUCGUGGGAACUGAUGGGCAGUGGAAAUGCUCAGUGUGUGCCAAGAUUGCACAGCUGAGGAUAGUGACAGGUGAAUGGUUUUUUGAAGAGAGAGCAAAGCGCUUCAAACAAUCCAAUCUCCUUGGAACCGAUGUUGUCAGACAGUCUAUCCUACGCAGAUUCCCGGAUACAGUUUCCAGUAAGGAUGAAGGAAGAAUAUUUAAAGACCAGCCCCAGGAGAAUACAGAAAAACAUCCAGAAAUGUCAACCUCCUCCACAAAUGGACAUAAAACUAUCUUCAGCGGACCCAGAAAGAUAGGGAAGGCAAUUAGGGCAGUUGCCAAAGGAGAAAUUGCAAAUACAAAAGAUGAAGAUGGAAGGAACACAUUCUCAGAAGCUGAGACACAAAGUCUGUGCAGUGGCAGGUCAACGCCUUGUUCUGAGAGAGGGAGCACUCUUUCACUGGACAACAGUGAUGCAGAGGCCACCCCAGGCCAUCAGAAAGGGAUCGUCGGUCCGGUGAAUGGAAGCAACGUUUCCACAAUAUCUCUCUCGAGGUCUCCAGCACUGAGCACACGCAGCAUGACCACAGAUUACACCAGGGUCACUGGCUUAGAAAAUGGCAUGAUUUUUCCUGCAAGUGAAAGUGUACCUGAAGAUUUAGUAAAGAAGCACUGUAGGAAAUCAUCUGGAACACCUUCGAUUGCAGUUUCUAGGGUAUCUUUAUCAUCAGAUCGCAGCCGAUCAGAGAUAGAUUUGAGUGAAUCUUUCUCUGAAGGAAAUGAGGAUACUCUGAGUAUAAGAAGCAAAUCAGUACCUAGUGCCUUAGAUCAGAACUUGGACUAUCUGGGAGAGACAGAAGAAGAUACUGAUGACAUAGUGGCCUCUCAUUAUUCCAGAAAACAUGGACAUAUGAUUAGUGGAUUAUCAACGAACUUCACAGAAGGUUCUGAUAGAAAAUGGACCCACUUAAAUGUGCCUGAAGCAGAUGGUGAUACUACUAGCAUUAACAGCAUGCUGAGUGUAUAUAGUGAAACUGGUGACUAUGGCAAUGUGAAGGUCAGUGGUGAAAUCCUUCUUCAUAUCACCUACAGCUACAAAACAGGUGCUCUCAAUGUCCUGGUGAAAAGUUGCAGAAACUUGGCUGUGGCAGAUGAGAAGAAGCGAAGGACAGAUCCCUAUGUCAAAGCAUACCUUUUACCUGAUAAAUCCCACCAAAGUAAACGCAAGACCAAAAUUAAAAGUAACAGUACCAAUCCAGAGUUUAAUGAAACGCUCAAGUAUGUCAUCAGUCAUACGCAGCUAGAAACUAGGACCCUACAGCUUUCUGUCUGGCACUAUGACAGGUUUGGACGCAACAGCUUCCUUGGGGAGGUGGAAAUUCCAUUUGAUUCCUGGAACUUUGAUAAUCAGGGUGAUGAGUGGUUUGUGCUCCAGCCUAAGGUAGAGGUUGCAGCAGAUGUUGGGCUUCAAUAUAAAGGAGAGUUGACAGUUGUUUUACGUUACAUUCCUCCAGAGAGAAACCUAAUGCUUCCUCUAGGGCAAUUUCAAGGAAAGAAAAGCUUUAAAAAAGGAAAAAAGAGAGACUCACACCUGCCAUCUGGAGGUUUAUUAGAAGUCCUAAUCAAAGAAGCUAAGAAUUUAACAGCGGUAAAAUCAGGAGGCACAUCUGACACUUUUGUGAAAGGAUAUCUGCUCCCAGAUGACAACAAAGCUACAAAACACAAAACUCCCAUAAUAAAAAAGAGUGUGAACCCCCAGUGGAAUCAUACCUUUGCUUUUAGUGGCUUGAGUUCCAAGGAUAUACGUAACGUCUGCCUCGAGUUGACUGUGUGGGACAAGGAGUCACUCUCCAGUAAUAUCUUUCUGGGGGGUGUCCGUUUGAGCACUGGAAGUGGUGUAAGUAAUGGGAAGGAGGUUGACUGGAUGGACUCUCAAGGGGAAGAGCAGCAUCUCUGGCAAAAGAUGAUUGACAGUCCUGGAGCUCCUGUGGAGGGGAUAUUAAUGCUGAGAUCCAGCAUGGGAAAACGCAGACUCUGA